UCAUAGAGUUAAUCGGUAGUGAACAUUCCGUCUGUAAUUGUACAGGCGUCCAUAGCAAUAACAUAUUUUGGUUCAGACAUUUACUCGCAAUUUUUCAGAACUUUUUAGAAUGAGAAAGCGUUUCAAACUCAAGCUUUCUAUACCUUCUUUUAGCUUUUGUCGAUCCAAAAAAACUUCUUAUUUGCCAAAAAAUCCAAUGCCAACUUCACUAUACAAAAUUUCCCCUGCCUAUAAUCUUGAUAUUUCACCUAUUCCAGUACCCCCUUCAACCCCAUAUCACCCUUCUCUUAAACAAUUCAGAAAAGAUCACAACUUGACACAAAAAACAUAUAAUUCGCCGAUUUCUGAUUAUUCUGAUCAUGACAAUAACAUGAUCAUGAAAAAGGAGAAUAGUAGAAUAAAUGAGUCAACAAAUAGUAGGUUGAAUAAUAUGAGUUUUGCCUCUACUGAUAGUGGCUGGUUCAGUUUCAACAGUGAAUGUAGUAAUGAGAAGCCUAAUGAUGAAACUGAAAGCUUUAUUUCUUCUCCAAGUUUUGAAUCUUCAUUUGACGUUGAUUAUCCUAUAGACCCUUUAACCGGAACCAGAAGGAGGAAAAAGAAUAACAACGCGAAAGUAAGGAGGAUCAAACGUUACAUUUCGAAUAGUUUUAAGGAUUCUGAUUAUCAGAAGAUUACUACAACAAAAGCAUCUGUUAUAGAGAAACUGAUGCCAUGUAUGGCUGAUGGGAAAGUGAAUGAGAGUUUUGCAAUAGUGAAAAAAUCAGCAGAUCCUUAUGAAGAUUUCAAGAAUUCAAUGCAGGAAAUGAUAGUGGAGAAACAGAUGUUUGAAGCAGCGGAUUUGGAACAGCUUUUGCUUUGUUUUCUGAGUCUUAAUUCAAGACAACAUCAUGCAAUUAUUGUUGAAGCUUUCACUGAGAUUUGGGAGGAGUUGUUUGGUAAAUCUUCAAAGUCUGUGGAUUUAAAACUUAGAAGAUUUCAAUGAACAAUAAUAUAGCAUCAUGUUGGUUUCAAGUUCAACUUCCUAAAAUUACAUAAGGAGAAUCACAUCACAUGUUAUUUUUUCAUUUGUUUAAUCAUAAUUUUUCGUAUGGUCGUGUAA